GAUGCAUUCCUCCUCAUCCACUUCAACUGCUCACACAAUCAACUGCUUCCCAUUUCGUCAUCUCCAACAACUCGCUAGAGCUGCUCGUUAUUAAUAACAUGCCAAUUGCUUGAACUAGAAUUUCUACUCCGCUACCUCGCCACUUCCCCCAUCCUUAUGCGUCCCAAAAGCGCGUCGCAAUGUGUAAACAUGGACUCUGAGAAGCGAAUCCAAAUCUUGCACGAUCUCGAGAUGAGAUACCGACGUACCAUCCACGAGGGCGAUCUCAUCAUUAAAGACGAGGAAGCCCGGCGAUUGAAGGUCAGGGACUUGAUUCACCGGGACGAGGUCUCGGGCUUGAAGGAGCAACUCGCGCAAAGAGACGCCCGAAUCAGGGAACUUCUAGGCCAUGUCGACGAUGUUCGUAGCCAGCUGCAGAAUGCCCAGGACAAGUCCCGCAGGCAGGAUAAGCUCCUGCAGACACAGUCUCGGGAAAUCGCUAACCUGAAGGAGGAACUUGCAGCAUUUAGCGCAGUAUCACAGGACUCUGCAAAGAUACUAUCGGAAAAGCUCGCCUUAUCAAGAGAGGUCGCCAUUAUUAAGCCGGAGCUGGAACACCUACGAUCGCAACUGGAGCACCAGAAGGAUGUGCUCGCCGAGAAACUGGCCCUCGAACGCCAGCUCAACACGCUAGAAGUUGAGCUUGCCAACGAGAAGCGGGCGGCCAAGAAGGUGGCGGAUAGACAAGAUGGCGAGAAGCAAGUUGCGGACCAGGCCAUGGAGGAACUUCGCAAACAAGUUCGCAGCCUGGAAAAGGAAGUGGAGAAAGAAAAGCGUAUUGCCGAGGAUAAGCUGAAGAUGCUGAACGAGCAAGAAUCUGAGGCCGAAGAGCUGCAAUCCCUUCGAGAACAGCUAGCGGCGGCUGAGAAGAGCCUUGCCGCUGAAAAGCGUAAGGCUGAGAUGCUAGCCAAGAAGCAGGGUCAGACGUCUGAGACACCAGCGGCGGAGGAAGAGCUUGCACGACUCCGCGAAGAGCUUGCCGAAGCUCGUAAGGCCUUGGCGGAGGAGAAGAAGGCUCAGGAAAAGGUGCGGAAGGAGAAUGAGCGGGCUCAAAUCGAUGCGGAGGAGCGGCGGCAAGCAAUGGCCGAUAAGGUGGACAAGCUACGAAGCAAAUACCGCGAGGCGCAAGCGGAGCUCAAGAAGUGCCAGGCUGAGCUGGAGAAAGCGCAGGAGCGGACAGUCAAGAUGCCUAGUGUCUUGACAACCACAGUUCCGCUCAAGAGCGCGGGCAUGAAGGCGAACGCAAAGAAGAAGCGGUCCGUGGACGAGAUGAGCAUGGAAGAUAAGGUCCUUUCAACUCCCGGCAUCGCAGACGACCGGCCGAAGCGCCCUCUUAAGAAGAGGGGCUUUGACCUGUCCAUGGUUGGUGGCAAGUCCGAGUUCUCCAUCACCCCCUUCCUCAACAAGACUGUCAACCUAGACGACCCGUCUUCCAAGCCCGCGGGUGACGACGGCACGCCAAGCGCCGCAGUCCAGUCCCGCGCUGCCGAAGACGCCACCACACCUGCUCCCGCCGAGGCAAAGCCAACCUCCGAGGAGCCAGUAGCCGAGCCGUCAGCUACAGAGCCCACUGUGCCUAAACUCAUAGAGAAAGAGAAGAAACCCCGCGGCAGGCCCAGGAAAAUCCCCCUCACCGAUUCCUCCGCGUCGAAGAAGAACCUGACCGCCCGGACCCGCAAAGCCCCGCGUGUUGAGCCCACGCUGGAGAAGGUUGCCGAGGAACCGGACGACGAUAGCAGCGCCCACCAAGACCAAGAGAACCGCUCUAUAAACGUCGCCUCUUCGGCGGCCAAGACCACCAGCACCAGCACCUCGACCACGACAUCAACAACUACAUCAGCAGCGGCAGCUACGGUGGCGGCAGAGCCCAAGAAAAAGAAGCGUAAGCUGCUCGGCGCAAAUUCCACGACACUGUUCGACGCAAACGAGGACGACGAGGCCGAGAAGGUGAAAGCUGCUGCCGUCAAGCGGCCAGGUGCUGCUGCCAAGAUUGGGAUUGCCGGCUCUGCUGCUCCUGCCGCUACCGCUGCUGCGGCAGCCGGAGGGGUGAAGGGAGUCGGCAAGGCGGCCGGUCGCGUGGGGGCGGUUAAGAACGCGUUUGCGAAAAAGGAGUUCUCGCCCUUGAAGAGGGACAGACGGGGUGUUGCGGCUAGCUUUUUGGCGUAGGCAUGAUCCGGGCUCCUAGGACAUCGAGAAGGUGUGAUGCUGUGGGGCCAUGGGAUGUGGGAUAUCUGCUACCAGAGGCAAACGUUGGAUGGAGAUGGGAAUAGGAGGAGGCAUAUUUUGGCGUUUUUGGGCUGCUUUCACAUUGUUAGGUCUUGGUCAGGAGGUUCUAGGGUUUUGGCGUUAAACUGUUGGUUUAAGGCAUCCAUGGUUAAUGGGAGACUACUUGCUCCACGUCUCUGUGUGAGUGAUCCAUAGGUCGGACAUGAGUUGAACCGUUGAUGGAUGUUAUCGUUUAGAAGGUGCUUCAGUCAACUGUCUGUGCCGUACCCUCGAGUCACUGCUACACAAUCCUUCUUGGACGAAGCAUUGGGCUGAGGAAAGUUGAGAGGCAACGCCUCCGAUAGGGAUCCUGGCUACAAACAGCUAUGGACCUCAAUCAACUCGUCGUAAUGUCAGUCGCC